UAUAAUAAAACUCCUUCAAAUGGACGAAGAGCGGCCGUGUAACAACAUAGAACAGUCAGUGCAUUCAGUCAGUCAGUAAAGUUAAUAGGAACUUCACAUAAAGACGCUGUAUACAAAAACCUUACUGAUGUGUUAAGAUGUUAAACCCGACUGUUCUAUUCGUUAUUUAAUAAAGACUGUUGGGCUGGACGAGCCAUCAUCGAGCAAACCAUAUUCAGUCUAACUCGUUCACUAUGAUCAUCCGUGAUAAAGUUUUUCACUGUAAAACUCGCUAUUAAACUUCAACACAAAUCAACAGGGUUUGCUGUAAAUUAUAACUGAUUCCGCCGACUCGAAAAAAUGCAAACGUCGUUGCACUCGACGCUCCCUUCAGGGUCUGUGGUGACCUGUGCUUUGUGUUUCCAUGGUAACACAUAACAUUAAAACUGUUUGGUCGGAUUUAUGGAAAAAUGUCUGCACCAACGUUAAGCGGCCUUCACUCAGAGGAGCUGGAUGUGCACAAAAUGAAGAGCGCAGCGGCUGAGUUUUACCGGAUGAACGGAGUUCCGGGAAUAAUAGAGAGAGCUCUGAAUGAGCUCUUCCUCGAGCAGCCUGCAGACGUUAAUGGAUAUCUGGCAGGUUACUUUAGGAAACUGUCUGCACCACCAAGGAUCACCAGACUGAGAGGAAGAGAAGUUUUUUCUGCAAAAGGACAGCUUAUCGUUGAGGCAGAGGUAUUCUACAUUGUCUGCAACAAAGAAAAGAGCAUAUCUUCAGCUGCUGUCAUCACCUGUGCACCUAUGGUAACUUUGCUGGAGAAGAAUGAUGAGAGUCAGCGGGGUCCUGAUCAUGUGAAGACUGCUAUUCAAUGGAUAAGUGGACCAUUGAGUAGAAUGCUAGUAAACCAGAACCCAUGCGAUCAAUAUGGAGUUGACAGAAUACUGAGCAAUUUCUUCAGGUCCUGUGUUAUGGGGGAAAAAUACAUGCAUAACAAACUCGAGAGUCUUUUGCCCAGGAAGGAAACAGUGCCUACUUCUCCACCACUAAUACCAGCAAAAGGCAAGAAGAGUGCUGAUAAAGGCAAAACGAGCAACAUUGACGCAAAGCCACUUUCUCCAACAAGGCCACUAGAACCAGUUCUGCAUGAAAGCAUGGCUAUGAGUUCAGUGUCUCUGGCUGUAGCCAAAUCUGGGGCAAAGAUAAAGGGGGUCCCUCUUUACAAAUACAUAUCAGAUCUGAAGAGCCAAAAGGAACUGCAACAGUUUCAUGUUCCUGUCCCCUGGAUAACUCUGAUCAAAUGUGGAAAGAAAUCUGCUGGAAAACUAUGUUUACUGGAAGAAGUUAUUCUCAUCUCCAAAGUGAAACAGCCAGUCAAACAGAGCAUCACAAUGGCAUUUGAAUUACAGAAGGAGAUGAUGAGAAUGAUUAACAUCUCAACAAAAACUGGGGUCGCACAGGCCUCUGUGUUACACAGUGGAGGACCCACAGCAAGUUAUGAUCGACCUGAACAACCUUUAGAUCUAAUCACUGAUGCCUGCUCUAACCUCAAUGUGCUACUGGGAACUGAUGUUUAUCUGGCUCUGAACUGUGCUGCCCCUAAACUUGUGGACUAUUCUAAAGGAAAGUAUGAAGUUGCAACAGGAGUUCUGAAGUCUCCAGAUGAGUUAGUUGAGCUGUACCAAAACCUCAUAAGCAAAUACCCAGCAGUGGUGGCCUUAAUUGAUCCAUUUCGGAGAGAAGAUGCAGAGCAAUGGGAGAAACUCAGCAAUACAACUGGAAAUGCAUGUUCACUGCUCUCUGACAUCACACACAAACCACUGGCUCCAGUCCUGCCUGGAGUCCGAGGUUAUGUCUUGGGACAUGUCAACGAGACAACGGUCAGCGACAUAAUCCACGCUACAUUACAUUACCAAGGAUCAGUGUUGAUGGGUGCAAUGUCCAGUGAAACCUGCAGUGAAGUGUCUUUUUCAGACCUAGCUGUUGGACUGGGGUUUGACUAUGUCAAAUUUGGAGGUCUCAGUGGCGGUGAGACAAUGGCUAAAUACAACCGCCUCAUAUCAAUAGAAGAAGAACUAGCCCAACAAGGACUCCUAGUUUGUAAGGACUCCCCACUCUUAUCAGAAGAGCCAAAGGAACACGCUCCUAAAACAGAGAAAAUCAUAUAGGUUUGCUUGAAGGAAUGUCUCAAACUGUCUGCCUGAUUUCAACAAGCCUUGAAAUACUUGUCACACAAAUCGAAAACCAUUGUUUUCGUACUGUUUUUACCUGUGAUUGUUAAUAAAGCUUGCUCAAUGUUCUGCAUGGAUCUGAAUUUUAUUCUAGCCAGUCAACUAAUUAAGUAAACCAAUCCAAACCACUUGAGAUAGAGCAAAAGCAGCCAAACAUGACCCUACAUCUUCAUUCAUAUUAAAAGACUGCAUAAAUGUUCAGGCAUAGCAAUACUCAUUAAACUGUAAGUGAACACUUCAGGGUGAAUAGAAUAAAUAGUAGUGGAGGUUAGUGCUGCAUGUAGUUCUUUUUGGGAAAAAAAAAUUGUAUGAAUUUAUUUUGUAGUAAAACACAUUAUUGUUGAAGUAGAGUAAAAUAUAUUCAUGGAAAGCCUUCAGUGAUUUUCAACA